UUCUUAUGCGACCAUUCUGUUAAUUAUGUUCUAAAUUUCGUCGUAGCUGAUCCAAUUCUUAAAAAAGGGAAGGGGAAGAAGCACAACGCAAACGCAAACGCAUUGAUUGAAGACCCUCUCUCUCUCUCGACAAUUUCCGCAUCCCGACGGUCUCCGUCCUAUCUUUGUGCCGCCACCGCCACUGUUCCACCUCCACCGUAACCGCUGCCUUCUUCUCCAUCCCUUGCCCCGCCGGAGUCCCUAGGGUUUCCGCUUCUCUGUCCAUCCACGGUUCGUCGAGCUGGAUCCUCUGCUCUUCCUCCGCUCAAUUUCGUUGCGCCGCUGGUGCAGCGGCUUCGUUGAUUGAUCUUGCUUUCUUUCCGUUUCCGUUUCUCAUCCAGUCCGAACAAAAAACUAGGGCCUUGGAUUUGAUUUCUGGGAUUUCGGGGUGUUUUUCUCUUUCCCAUUUGGAUGGCAUUAGGGGACUUGAUGGUAUCUCGGUUAUCUCAAUCUUCGGUCUCCGUUGUCACCAACUACGAUGAUGACUGCGACUCCUCUGCCGCUUCCAGUCACCACGAUGGCGAUUCGUCCAUCGCCUCGCGUAGGAGGGAUUCCGAGGCCGCGAGCAGCAGCUACGGAAAUGCUACUACGGCCUACGCCACCACCACCAUGGCCUACUUGCCUCAAACUGUCGUGCUUUGCGAGCUCAGACAUGACGCGUUCGAGGCGUCUGCGCCCUUGGGACCUUCCGAGAGCGGUCUAGUCUCGAAAUGGAGGCUUAAAGAACGUAUGAAAACAGGAUGUGUAGCUUUAGUUCUGUGUUUGAACAUUAGUGUCGAUCCACCAGAUGUUAUCAAGAUAUCUCCUUGUGCAAGAAUGGAGUGCUGGAUAGAUCCAUUUUCUGUUACCCCUCAAAAAGCAAUUGAGACAAUUGGCAAAAACUUGAGCUCUCAAUAUGAGAGAUGGCAACCGAGGGCUCGUUAUAAGGUUCAAUCAGAUCCUACUCUGGAUGAAGUGAGGAAGCUUUGUUUGACUUGUCGUAAAUAUGCAAAGACAGAGAGAGUUUUGUUCCACUAUAAUGGGCAUGGUGUGCCAAAACCUACUGCGAACGGUGAAAUCUGGGUGUUUAACAAGAGUUAUACUCAGUACAUUCCUUUGCCAAUCAGUGAGCUUGAUUCUUGGUUAAAAACACCGUCAAUCUAUGUUUUUGACUGCUCUGCUGCUGGGAUGAUAGUCAAUGCCUUUGCCGAGCUUCAUGAGUGGGGUUGUUCUGGCUCUUCUGUCUCCUCAAAGGACUGCAUUCUACUUGCUGCUUGUGAAGCACAUGAGACACUUCCUCAGAGCGUUGAAUUUCCAGCUGAUGUGUUUACUUCUUGCCUCACAACACCUAUCAAAAUGGCGUUAAGAUGGCUGGAUUUAUUCUGCAGGUUCUGCAGGCGUUCUCUUUUGAAGGAAAUCAUCGAUGAAUCGAUUAUUGACAGAAUUCCGGGUCAUCAAAAUGAUCGUAAAACACUGCUAGGAGAGUUGAACUGGAUUUUCACGGCAGUUACAGAUACUAUUGCUUGGAAUGUUCUUCCCCAUGAUCUUUUCCAGAGAUUAUUUAGACAGGACUUGUUGGUUGCUAGCCUUUUCCGGAACUUCAUACUUGCGGAGAGGAUUAUGCGUUCUGCGAAUUGUUCUCCAAUAUCUCACCCUAUGCUGCCACCUACGCAUCAACAUCAUAUGUGGGAUGCAUGGGAUAUGGCUGCUGAAAUCUGCCUUUCUCAGCUUCCUAAAUUAGUUCAGGACCCAAAUGCAGAAUUCCGGCCAAGCCCAUUUUUUACUGAGCAACUGACAGCUUUUGAAGUGUGGCUUGACCAUGGAUCGAAACAUAAGAAGCCACCAGAGCAGUUGCCUAUUGUUCUUCAGGUCUUACUUAGUCAAUGCCAUCGGUUUCGUGCACUUGUGCUUCUCGGACGAUUUCUUGAUAUGGGUCCUUGGGCUGUAGAUCUGGCCUUAUCUGUCGGAAUAUUCCCUUAUGUUCUGAAGCUUUUGCCAACAACUACAAAUGAGCUGCGACAGAUUCUUGUUUUCAUAUGGACGAAGAUUCUUGCCCUCGACAAGUCAUGUCAGGUUGACCUUGUGAAGGAUGGAGGUCAUGCGUAUUUCAUCAGAUUUCUAGAUAGCUCAGGUGCAUUUCCAGAACAACGAGCUAUGGCUGCAUUUGUUUUGGCUGUCAUUGUGGAUGGCCACAGACGAGGCCAGGAGGCAUGUCUUGAAGCAAAUUUAAUCGGUGUGUGUCUGGGGCACCUUGAAGCACCCCGGCCAAAUGAUCCACCACAAGAACCUUUGUUUCUACAAUGGCUUUGUCUUUGUCUUGGAAAGUUGUGGGAAGAUUUUACCGAGGCCCAGAUGAUGGGUCGGGAUGCCAAUGCUUUUGCUAGAUUGGUUCCUCUGCUCUCUGAACCGCAACCAGAGAUUAGGGCUGCGACUGUGUUUGCCCUAGGUACCUUACUCGACAUUGGAUUUGACUCUGGUAAAAAUGUUGGAGACGAUGAAUUUGAUGACGAUGAAAAGAUUAGAGCUGAGGAUACUAUUAUCAAAAGUCUCUUAAUUGUAGUUUCUGAUGGGAGCCCGCUUGUCAGGGCAGAGGUUGCUGUAGCUCUUUCGCGCUUUGCUUUUGGCCACAAACAGCACCUAAAGUCAGUUGCAGCUUCAUAUUGGAAGCCUCAGUCAAGUUCUUUGCUGACUUCAUUCCCUUCGUUGGCCAAGAUUCAUGAUGCUGGGGGCGUAACAAUUGUUUCUUCACACAUGGGUCCUCUGACAAGAGCUAGUACUGAGAGCCAACCAGUACUUCGUGAGUCAAGGGUUUCAUCAAGCAGUCCUCAUGGUUCUUCUGGGCUCAUACAUGGAUCUCCAUUAUCAGAUGAUUCUUCACAACAUUCUGAUUCCGGAAUUAUUCAUGAUGGUGUGAGCAAUGGAGUUGUCCAUCCACCUAGACAGUUGGAUAAUGCUGUUUAUUCGCAGUGUGUCCUAGCUAUGUUUACAUUAGCAAAAGACCCAUCUCCACGUAUUGCGAGCCUUGGACGGCGUGUUUUGUCUAUUAUUGGGAUUGAACAAGUUGUCGCAAAACCCUCAAGGCCCAGUGGCCGACCAGGUGAAGCUGCAACUACAUCUCACACCCCUCUUCCUGGCCUAGCUCGUUCAUCCUCAUGGUUCGAUAUGCAUUCAGGUCACCUGCCCUUAACGUUUAGGACUCCUCCUGUGAGUCCUCCUAGGGCAAGCUACUUAACAGGAUUGAGGAGAGUUUGUUCACUAGAGUUCAGGCCGCAUCUCUUGGGUUCUCCAGAUUCAGGAUUGGCUGAUCCACUUUUAGGAACCAGUGGUUCUGAAAGAAGUUUGCUUCCACAGUCAACUGUUUAUAACUGGAGUUGUGGUCACUUCUCUAAACCACUUCUUAGCGGAGCAGAUGACAGUGAGCAGAUAGUGGCCAGAAGAGAAGAGAAGGAAAAAUUCGCGCUUGAGCAUAUUGCAAAAUGCCAGCAUUCUUCAAUUAGCAAGCUCAACAACAAUCCAAUAGCUAACUGGGAUACGAAGUUUGAAACGGGAACUAAAACAUCCCUCCUUCAUCCGUUUUCUCCAAUCGUAAUUGCCGCAGAUGAAAACGAACGGAUCAGGGUGUGGAAUUACGAGGAAGCAACACUUCUCAAUGGUUUUGACAAUCAUGAUUUUCCUGAGAAAGGGAUUUCAAAGCUGUGCCUUGUCAACGAGCUUGAUGACUGUCUGCUGCUUGUUGCUUCAUGUGAUGGAAGUAUACGGAUAUGGAGAGAUUACAUGACAAAGGGUAAACAAAAGCUUGUUACUGCUUUUUCGUCCAUCCAGGGUCACAAACCUAGCACACGUGGUUUGAACGCUGUUGUGGACUGGCAACAGCAAUCUGGUUACCUGUAUUCUUCCGGGGAAAUGUCAUCUAUUAUGCUCUGGGACGUUGAGAAAGAACAGCUUGUCAAUUCCAUUCCCUCUUUCUCAGAUUGUGGUGUCACUGCACUUUCGACUUCUCAAGUGCAUGGGAGCCAACUCGCUGCUGGUUUUGCCGAUGGAUCUGUGAGACUUUAUGAUGUUCGGUCACCUGAUAUGCUUGUCUGUUCUACGCGACCUCAUCAGAGAGCCGAAAGAGUCGUCGGAAUCAGCUUUCAACCUGGGCUCGACUCUGCAAAGAUUGUGAGUGCAUCACAGGCUGGGGACAUCAGGUUUGUUGAUAUCAGAACAACGAAGGACACUUACCUAACGAUUGAUGCCCACAGGGGCUCACUCACGGCAUUAGCUGUUCACAGACAUGCCCCCAUCGUUGCAAGUGGUUCUGCGAAACAGCUAAUAAAGGUCUUCAGCCUCCAGGGUGAACAGCUUGGGAUUAUACGGUACUACCCUUCAUUCAUGGCCCAGAAAAUCGGGUCAGUGAGUUGCCUCACGUUUCACCCAUACCAGGUUCUGCUCACGGCUGGGGCUGCAGAUCCAUUUGUCUCCAUAUACGCUGACGACAAUGCUCAUUCAAGAUAAGGUAAGUCAAGUGAUAAAAUUCUUGAGUGUGGUUCAAAGAGGCACAUCUCAAGUGGUGUAGGAUAGUAGAAUAGGGAAUUGGUUCGUGGGGGUUGGAAGCGAAACGGGGUCGAAAAUCAUGAGAAGGGACAGUGGGCGAAGGGAAGGGAAAUUCUGUGAUUUAUCAAAUAUUCAUCAGCCUCCGGUGGAGUUGAAAGGAGAGAGGUGUUACAUCAUCUUAUGGGGGGCUUUGCCAAAUAUAUAAUUUCUACGCCGCGUAAAUGAUGGUUGGUGUAUAGUUUUUUGUUUUGCUCUGUAUUUUCCUCUUGUUAUCGUUUUCUCUUGUGUGAUCGCUAUUGGUUUUCCUUUCUCUCUUCAGUGAAUAGUGUGGUUUGGAUUUUGUAAAUGUAUGUAUGUAUACUUUUUUUUGUCUUUGGGAUGUAAAUUUGUAAACUUUCAAAGAGAGUGGACAGUUUUACAAUGCAGGUGUCCA